CAAGAGAAAAAGAAAGGGACACAGGGGUGUUUGGAUAGAGGAUCGAAGAGGUGGACCUAGUGGUGUCUCGACGAGGAAUUCGACAGAGAGAGGAUACUCGCAUGAUGGAGAGGACGUGGCGGAGUAUACGGAAGACAGCUUUAAUCUUCUUCCUGCCUUUACUGUUGGCUAGAGUAAACUGCGAAGCGCCAUUGGUCGACAGCAGUGCGCUGCCCCUGGAGCACAGAUCGGUGUACGGUGCGCCGGCCCAAUAUGGUCCCCCGUCGCAACACGGGGUCGAGGAAAACUGGCCCUUGGCGACCCCGGAUACGCCUCAAAUCAAGCAUCUUCAGGUGCAAUGUGAGAAAACUCAUAUGCGCGUCAACAUCGAAUUCGAUCGUCCGUUCUACGGGAUGAUCUUCAGCAAAGGCUUCUAUUCGGAUCCCCAUUGCGUCCAUUUGAAGCCUGGCACAGGACAUCUGAGCGCUACCUUCGAGAUUUUCCUGAACUCCUGCGGAAUGAGCUCCUCGGCCAAUCAUAAUGUAGCUGCAUACGGAGCACCCACGCCGUCCGGUAGCUACGUGGAGAACACCAUAAUCGUCCAGUACGAUCCGUACGUGCAGGAGGUCUGGGAUCAGGCCAGGAAGCUACGAUGCACCUGGUACGACUUCUACGAGAAGGCGGUCACAUUCAGGCCGUUCCAAGUUGACAUGUUGCACGCUGUAACGGCGAACUUCCUCGGGGACAAUCUCCAGUGCUGGAUGCAGAUACAGGUUGGCAAGGGACCGUGGGCCAGCGAAGUGUCCGGUAUUGUGAAGAUUGGGCAGACGAUGACGAUGGUUCUGGCUAUUAAGGAUGAUGAGAACAAGUUCGAUAUGUUGGUCAGGAACUGUGUCGCUCACGACGGCAAGAGGGCACCUAUUCAACUGGUGGAUCAGUAUGGUUGCGUUGUUAGGCCGAAGAUUAUGUCUAGGUUCCAAAAGAUAAAGAACUUCGGACCAAGCGCCUCCGUCGUCAGUUUCGCGUACUUCCAAGCCUUUAAAUUCCCGGACAGCAUGAAUGUCCACUUCCAGUGCGUCAUUCAGGUCUGUCGCUACAACUGUCCGGAACCGAAGUGCGGACAUCCUGGUCUCGAGUAUGGCACCCCUGCCGCGGGUCUGUCUCAGGAAUACGGUGCAGCUGUGCACCAGAGUCUUGGCUCGGAAUAUGGAGUGCCCCCAGUACCUGAAUACGGAGUACCACCUGCGUUUGCUGAUCCCAGACAUCCGAGCGGACCGGCUGGAGCGUAUAGUGAACCGAACGCGGACGUAGUGCCAGCCCCACAGGCACAGACGUCAUCCUCGUCACCCAGUUCGACGCCCGGUGAUGCGACAGCCAGUAGCUCACCACAAAGUCCACAGGAUAACAUUCACCUUCCUCCACCCCCUCUUCCUGGUCACCCGGCAGCGGCCUACCAGACCGUGAAGAGAAAGGGAACCGCCGGUUCCGAGGAGCUCGAGGGUAACCUGGCCACCCUCGGAGGUCGGCCGAGGUCGGUAGAAGGUUUCCCAGCCGAGCUUAGAGGUGCCAGAAGGCGAAGGUCCGACAGCCAUGAAGACCUGGAAGACGAUGAUUCCAGCAUCUACCGAACCAUCACCUUGGUCUCCACCCACGUCUACAAGCGAGCGGCCCAAGAGAUGACGGACGUGAACACUUCGAGGAUAAUCCAGGUGGUAGCACCAGGUGAUGUGAACUUCGCCCUGGGCACAACGAACUCCAGCAACGACACUACAGUGGUCAUUCAGAACGCCAGCGCCUCCUCCGACCCAGAAACAAUCUGUAUGAGUCUUCCUGGAUUUGUUGGUGGUCUGGUGAUGCUCCUACUGGUGGUGGUCGUCGCCUCUCUAGUCGCGGCGUUCCUCUUCGUCAGGGUGCGCGCCGUGGAUCGGAAGAACCUAGGCAUGGUAGGAAGUAGCUUCGUGCAUCCAGCGUACGCAGCGGAGAACUGCACCGUUCCCAAUCCUGAAUUCGUAAAGGUGGCGAAUUGA